GUCAGCCGGGGUUUGACCACGGUUCCCACCCCGCUGUCUCAGCAAGGCCGUAGGCCUCUGACCGGGCGGGGGCGGGGCGUGCCAGAGGGGGCGGGGCCUCGGGGACCCGGAUGCGGCCCCGCCCCCGCACGCGGAACCGGAAGUGGAGAGGGGCGCCUAGGAGCGGCAGGAGAAGCGGGAGCGGCGGGAGGUGGCGGCGCGGCGGAGGCAGGGCGGAGCCGGGCUGGACCGGAGCGACCGCAGUGGUGGUGAGCGAGCGCGCCUUCCGCCAGACAGAAUAAUUCACAAAUGCCUGGAAAUUCCUCGUUGGAUUCCCGUGUUUUAAACAGAGUUUUGUGAGCACCUUUCAUCUUUACUUGGAAAAGAAAGAUGUGGAAAGCCUCGGCCGGCCACACCGUGUCCAUCACCCAGGACGACGCGGGAGCCGACGACUGGGAAACCGACCCUGAUUUCGUGAAUGACGUAAGUGAAAAAGAGCAGCGAUGGGGGGCCAAAACCGUCCAGGGGUCUGGGCACCAGGAGCACAUCAACAUACACAAGCUGAGGGAGAAUGUGUUUCAAGAACACCAGACCCUCAAGGAGAAGGAGCUCGAAACGGGACCCAGAGCCUCGCACGGCUACGGAGGGAAGUUUGGUGUGGAGCAGGACAGAAUGGACAGAUCAGCUGUCGGCCACGAGUAUCAGUCGAAGCUUUCCAAGCACUGCUCGCAGGUCGACUCCGUCCGGGGGUUUGGAGGCAAGUUUGGCGUCCAGGUGGACAGAGUCGAUCAGUCUGCUGUGGGCUUUGAGUACCAGGGGAAAACUGAGAAACACGCCUCGCAGAAAGACUACUCGAGCGGUUUCGGUGGCAAGUACGGCGUGCAGUCUGACCGCGUGGACAAGAGCGCCGUGGGCUUCGACUAUCAGAGCAAGACGGAGAAGCACGAGUCGCAGAGAGAUUACUCCAAAGGCUUUGGUGGCAAGUAUGGUAUCGACAAGGACAAGGUGGAUAAGAGCGCGGUCGGCUUUGAGUAUCAAGGCAAAACCGAGAAGCACGAGUCCCAGAAAGACUACGUGAAAGGCUUUGGAGGGAAGUUCGGUGUGCAGACAGACAGACAGGACAAGUGUGCCCUUGGCUGGGAUCACCAGGAGAAGCUGCAUCUGCACGAAUCCCAAAAAGAUUAUAAGACUGGUUUCGGAGGCAGAUUUGGUGUUCAGUCCGAGAGGCAGGACCCCUGUGCUGUGGGCUUUGAUUACAAGGAGAGACUGGCCAAGCACGAGUCCCAGCAAGACUACUCCAGAGGCUUCGGUGGGAAGUACGGGGUGCAGAAGGACCGGAUGGAUAAGAACGCUUCCACCUUUGAGGACGUUGCCACGGUGGCCCCCACUUACCAGAAGACUGUCCCUGUCGAAGCAGUGAGCAGCAAAACCAGUGACAUCAGAGCGAAUUUUGAAAACCUGGCGAGGGAAAAGGAGCACGAGGACAGGCGGCAGGCGGAGGCGGAGCGGGCGCAGAGGAUGGCGAGGCAGCAGCGGGAACAGCAGGCGGCGCGCAGGCAGCUGGACGAGCAAGCCCGGGCCCAGAAGCCCACGCCCCCCGCGUCGCCCACGCCCCAGCCGGCCCAGGAGAGGCUGCCUUCAAGCCCUGUCCGCGAGGCCGCGGCUCCGUUCCAGGCCGAGCCGAGCCACACCGGUGAGCCUGAGCCGGUGUACAGCACGGAGGCCACCGAGUACCGGGAGGCCUAUGACCCGGAGGCCGUCUACGAAAGCACGGAGGCCCCGGGCCACUACCAAGCAGAGGAGGGUACCUACGGUGAAUAUGAGAACGAUCUUGGAAUCACAGCCAUCGCCCUCUACGACUACCAGGCUGCGGGCGAUGAUGAGAUCUCCUUCGACCCCGACGACAUCAUCACCAACAUCGAGAUGAUUGACGAUGGCUGGUGGCGCGGGCUGUGCAAGGGCAGGUAUGGGCUCUUCCCCGCCAACUACGUGGAGCUGCGGCAGUAGGUAGCUGGCCACGCCCUCGCCGUCUGUGGCCACGCCCGCCUUCCGGUGUUUUCUUCAGGGUGCCGAGGGGAGUGUGCACUGCUUUUAUAUUUAAUACUUUGCUGAUGCUUUUGAAAAUGUUUACGCCACAGAACUUGCUAAUAUAUUGUAAUCAUGCUCCUUGGAGGACUCGGUGAUUGUUUUUAUGCAUUUAAGUUUUUUUUUUUUUUUUUUUUUUGCCAAAUCAACUGUUGCCUGGAGCCACUUCGGGGACCUUUGGUCCUGAGUGCGUGUUGUCCCUGCCCGCCUCUCGCCCUCCACUCCAACGAGGUGGGGGCAGGAGUCCCUGCCCAGGGUUUUGGAGGAAGAGGGAGGGCCUGAUAGGAAGUUAGAAUUGUGGGGCAGUCGCUAGAAAGUACGGGAGCUGUCGGCUCGGUCGGAAAAGCCCCUUGCGCUGUGAAAUCCCACAGUCUUUGCUGGGUUUCAGCAAAGACCCCCCCUUUCUCCGCGGCUCCCUCCUCUUGUCCUCGUUCUCUCGCCUCCCCUCGACGCCCGGCCUCCAGGAGGGCUGCUGGGCCCCUGCUCCCGCCCCCGCUUCAGUGUCACCAGUCCCUUAAAGACUGUCCUCCCGCUGUCCCCAGCCCUGGGCAGCUGGCCUGUGUCCGCCCUGUGGGGAGACAGCCGCUGCUGGGGGAAGGCAGGUCCCUUCCCCAUGGUGAACCGCAGAAAUGCUUCCCAUCAAGGAGGCCGUGCUCUUUUUGCCAAAAUAUCAUGUUAAGUGACAGCAAAAUCUGAUGGAUUGACUUGGCUGAGAACAAGAGGGAGUGCUGUGGCCCGAGACGCUGCCGUGGCUGCUGCGGGGAGCCCUUCCCCCGGGAGGGACAGCGAGGCCCACCCGGCUCCCGCACGUGGCCGUGGCAGUGUCCUCCCGGGGGACCACGUGGAAAUGUCUCUGGUGUUGGGAUGCCAGUGACCAAGAGGUACACGUUUUCUUUCCUGAAGUGCAUUUGCUUUACCACGAUUAGGUCGGGUUUUAUAUGCAAUUCUUGUAUCUGAAUUUCUGUAGCACACCUCAUAGGUAUGAUUUUUUUAAAUUGAACAUUCAAAAUAAACUUUUUUUGACCCA